ACUACACAAGCAAUAAUCAACCAUCGAACUUUGCCCAGGUUGUAUGAUACCGCCUCACGUGGGCACAGCAGACAUAACCUACAUCAAAUAACGUGCCAUACGACACAAAAGGCGGCAAGGAGUUCUACUACUCACCUGGAUUCCAAGAUGGUGGUCGACUCUCGGCAGGUGAACCCCUGUUUGGCGGGCAUAUUGCACAGUUUGACCAAGGUCCGCCAGUUCCUGGUCUUUCCUUCCUCGAAUCGGUAACACAGGAUGGCGCACCUAACUUCAGGUUUGGGAGAAACAAAGUUGAACGCAAUUCUUAGCGAUACCUCUACACCAUUCGUCCAUAAUCAAUGAAUCAUGGCCACUCCAGCUAACAACAAUAACCCCUCCCGCACACGGUCGUACUCUCAUGACUUGGAGAUCACCCUGACCGUGGGCGGGUCCCAGCCCGAGUCCCCGCCUCCGUCCGCAGAGGACGAGGAAGAAUCCGAAGAAGAGAUCACCUCGAAGUACCCAGUCUGGGCUCACGUCUUAAAGAUUCUCUUCUCCUUCUUCAUCUUCUUGACUGUCCUGACGUGUGCCUGUGCGAGCAAGACUGCACUAGUGGUCCUUCUACAAGGGAAUACCACAAACAAUGGACCAGGUGUGGAGAAAACUCUCAAAGAAGAGAGCGAAGUCAAUGAGGAUGGGGGUAGCGUCAAGGAAACCAUGGUAACAGAAACUAUGGUAACGCAAACACGACUGAUGGAGAGUGCCAGGGUCGUAAUGGUCGGACUGUUAUUAGUGGUGCCGCAAGUGUUCACGGUACUCAGGUGUAUCACCUGUAGUUCGUUUGGAAAGAAGACGAACACCUACCCCUGGCCGUCAUGGAGAGCUCUCAUACUGGGACUUUUGUGCAGUGUUGUGGAGGUCACGUGUCUAACCGUCUUUUGUUUCGACAUCGCUCCAUCCCUGGACCCUCCCGUUCUGAUCCUGGUCAUGUCGGGAACUGUUGGGGUCCAGCUGUUCGAGGACGCCGUCAAAAGUAUCAGAACUAGACACCACAGUUACCCCAACGACUUCAACUUGACGAGAAAGAUUGAAAAGUUUCUUAAAUUUAUAUCGAGUUUUGCAAAUGUUGCUGCUGUGUGUGCAAUAGUCACUCUUGUGUUCUUGAAGGAAAACAGUCUGGAAUUGUAUCAGGUUAUAACUCUGCCUUGUGUAAUCCUUCUUCUGUCCGCGACGUGGAGUAAGUUUGCACACAAACAAAUGUCCAAGCCACACCUUCUGAGAACGUUACCGUACGAAGAGCACCUGUACAGCGCUAGAUUCAAGGCGACACUGCUAUCCAGCUUCUUUAAGGUCGUACUAACUCCUCUUGCCAUCGUGGUCUACAACUACGUCCAGUUUAACCGGGGAUUUGAGAUAUACUCAGACGGCUUCGCCGAGAUGGGCAGUAGUCCGUUGUUGGUGCCAUUCCUUAUCCAACUGUUCAGUAGUUUUCUCGGAUACCUUGCUGCAUGGUUAGCCUGUUCCACGUGUAUUCAGUUAGUUGGUUUUGUUAUCCCGUUGUUCUUAUGCACACCCGCGGCAAUUGCUCUGACGUUUUCGAUUUGUAAUCUACCAAUUCUUGACUUAAAUCUAUUCCGCUGUUACGACAUGUCGUCAGAACAACAGUGGAUCUUGAUCGGAACGUGUGCGUUGCUAUGGGUUACCCAAGCCGCGUACUUGCUAUUCGUGGUGAGGAAAUCUCCAACGAGAACGCUCUCCAAGGAAGAGACGCUGUUCUACCGUCCGUUCUACAACGGGAUUUUCCUGGAGCAAAACUUGCUGCUGAACCGGAGAAAAGAGUGGCCUAGCGCCGAAAGGGAGGAGGAAGAACACUUACAGGCGACAGUGAAACACGGCGGACGUGUGUAUGUGUGUACUACCAUGUACCGUGAGUCUGAACAGGAGAUGAGUCAACUGCUACACAGCAUCUACCGACUGUCAAGGGUCUACAGUACAUCCAGAUGGCGGUACGAGAGCCACAUCUUUCUGGACGGAGGAGUGCGGGGCUUGGUGCUGAAUGAGUUCGCUCUGCUGCUCGUGUCUCUGCUGGACGAGAAGUUGGACAUCACCCCUGCGGACGCCAGGAAGAUGGAGACACCGUACGGAGUACAGCUCUGGUGGAAGCUGCCAGGUGGUAUGCCCUUCUACAUCCACAUGAAGGACCCUGAAAAGGUUAAACAAAAGAAAAGAUGGAGCCAGGUCAUGUACCUGUCCUACAUCCUGGACCUCCGCCAGAAAGAGCUGUUACAACCAGCGUACACCCAGAGACCCCCCUCCCCGUCCUUCAUGUCCGUGGAAGGAGAUGAGGAGUCAGAGAUCGACAAUGAGCUCGCCACCCAGAACUCAAACACUCCUCCUCUGGGAGACGAAGGGUUUCAUGACUCAAACGAGCACCAAGCUCCAGGUUCAAGGAACAUGACCGCUACACCCUACUUCAGCCCGGUAAGUGAUAACGAUGACAGCACAACUCCCGACACCCGUACCGACGACGAGUACUUCACCGUGGCGGAAGGGGAGUCGAGCUGGGAGGACAGAGGGGAACACGCUUCCGAUACCGACUCGCUGCCUCCCCGGUAUGACGGACAGCACUACCGGCGGCUCCCAGUCUUACCGCACCAUAUCGAUCAGCUUGACGACGAAACCUUCGUCCUGACUACCGACGCAGACGUGCAGUUCACGCCCGAGUCGGUGGCGGCGCUGCUAGACCUGGCCAGCAGGGACAGGAAAGUGGGUGCCGUGAGCGGGAGGACACACCCCAGCGGUACUGGUCCGGUCGUCUGGUAUCAGAUCUUUGACUACGCCAUCGGUCACUGGUUCCAGAAGGUAGCGGAGCAUGUGUAUGGAUCUGUGCUCUGUUGUCCGGGAUGUUUCAGCGUCUUCCGCGCACGCGCACUGCGGCAGGUGCUGCCGGAAUAUGCGUCCAUGGUUUCGGAAGGAAAACCGAGUCAGUUUCUGACAAAGGACAUGGGGGAGGACCGCUGGCUGUCCACCCUGCUGGUGGAGAAGGGCUGGCGGCUGGAGUACGGCGCAGUGGCGGAGUGCAAGACGUUCUGUCCGGACACCUUGGAGGAGUUCUUCAAGCAGCGACGACGCUGGAUCCCCUCCACCCUAGCUAACCUGCUCCUGCUGCUGAAGUACACUAGGAAGAUCGCCCGGAACAACGACAGCUUCUCCCUGUUCUACGCGCUGUACGUCAGCCUGCUCCUGCUGUCCUCCCUCAUCGCCCCGGCAACGGUCCUGUUCAUCAUCGCUGGCGGGCUGCAGUAUUCCAUCAACCUGGAAAGCUACCAGACGUUGUUGCUGAUGUCAGCGAUCGUGUUCAUCUACAUGCUGAUCUGUGUGUGGGGAUCGGGGAAGACUCAGCUGCUGGCUUCUAAGGUCAUGACGUUCUUCUUCGCCGUCGUCAUGGUAGGCGUGGCCACCGGCCUGGCUAUAUCCGUGGUGGAAGACUUCGAGCCAGAGCCGACGAGCCCGCCUCCUCCAACUGAAGCACCAAUAAUCACAAUGGCGCCGACCUCGGAGGGGCAGCAGCUUUCUCAACUGCUAUCGGGGAGAUUCCAGCAGACCACUGUACCCAACCACCUCCCAUUCCAACUGACCACUGCACCUGAUGACCUCACACUGACCACUAUGUCUAGCGACCUCCUAGGGGCCUUCGUUGACCAACAGUACCAGCAGUUCUUUGCAGCUAACAAUAACGGUACAUCCGCCGACUUCCUGCCUGCCAGCGUGUCGACGUUAUACUUGGGUGUGCUGGCGGCAGUUCACCUGGUGGCUGCAAUACUCCACCCAACAGAGUUCGCGUGUAUCAUCCCUGGUCUGCUGUACGUGUUGUGUUUACCCUCUGCAUACCUGGUCCUCUUCAUCUACUCUAUCUGCAAUCUGAACGACCGGUCCUGGGGUACUAGAGAAUCAGCAUUGUCUGAGAGGGGUUCUCCCUGGUCCAUGGAGAAGAUCCUGGCCGGGAUAGGAAACUUCUUCAAACGAUGCGGCAAGCAGUGCUGUGACGUAGACUACUCUGGAGAGACACGGCCUAUCUUAGCGGAUUCUCCGAGUUCAUCAUACAGUUCUGGAGAUCUCAACUCAAACCAGAGGAGCACCUCAGCCACGAACAGGACAUCAUCUUUUCUGCAGGACAGAGCACAGAGCACCCGAGGAGAGACUACCAGCGGGCAGAACCAGGACCUGGAUAAUGAAGUCAACACCAUGUACAGUGACAUAGACAGGUCAGGUGGGGAGGACACAUUCAGACGGAAGGCAAUACCCUGGCUGAAGGACAUCGGAAUGAAGCGAUAUGAGAAAGAGUUUUUGGACAAUGGCUACGAGGACACCAGUUUUAUAUGCACGAUAAAGGAAGAGGACCUUCGCUACAUGGGGAUCCGUAUGCGUGGUCACGUGAUGAAGCUGACACGAGCUAUAAGCCAGUUACCAGAACCCAUCCUCCCAACAGGCAGACAGGUGGGACUUGACACGUGGCUGCGUGACCUGGGCCUGGCUCAGUAUUACUUCCGGUUCAUCGAGGGCGGGUACAGCGGGGUGCACGGAAUGGAGCAUCUGCGGGGGAUGACGGCACAAGACCUACAGGAGAUAGGCAUCACCAAAAGAGGACACAUCACCAAGUUGCUGCUAGCCAUACAGAUGCUAAGCUGUUCAAACGACCGAGAGAAGCGGAUCCGUAAAGCCCGUCAGGCGCUCGCUACGAAGCGUUGGAAGUAUCUGCACCGCGGGAACACCGCCCAGCGCCGCGAGGCCAGGUUCUGGCAGACGCUCCGGGACCAGUGCCUGGACCCUUCCCAUGAUGCCUUCACCAACACGGACGGACUGAAGGCACAACUCAAGGACCUCAGGAAUCAGGUCCUAGCAGCUGUGGUGAUCAUCAACGUCCUGUGGCUGUCCGCCAUCGCCCUUCUCGCCACCACCGCCAAACUCAUGGUGCUGGAACAGAACAUCAUGGGAACCGUCUUCAUCGUCAUCUACGCCAUAGUCCUGUCCCUGCAGUUCGUAGCGCUACUCUGGCACAGAGGCGCGACUGCGAUACAUUACCUGGCCAGGAUUCCCUACUGGUCAUCCCGAGACGAGACACAUUCGACAAGGAACCGACUUACAAUAGCGGAGGAGGCGUAGUGAUAUCGGUUUCUAUAUGUCAUCGUGAAACACAGUAAUGUUGCACAAAAAGGCGUAAUAAUGAUGAACGUUAUCGAACGCGCAUACGGACCACUAAAUGUUCUAAGAGUAAAUUCCAUGUAACAAUAUUUCUACCAGAAUGAUGUGUGAACUAUAUAUACUGUAGCGGAAUUUUGUUACUAUUCAACAAUGUUUUUAAAUACAUUACCUGACCAGGAUUCCAUACUGGUCUUCGCAGGACAAGACACAUGCGACUAGGAACCGAAUUACAUUAGCGGAGCAGGCGUAGUGAUAUCGGAUCCUAUAUGUCAUCGUGAAACACAGUGAUGUUGCACAAAAGGGUGUAUUAAUGAACGUUACCUAACGAACAUACGGAUCACUAACUGUUUUAAGAGUAAAUUCAGUGAAAAGGACAAACUUGUUGGCGUUUGUUGUAUGCAUAUUCACAUAAUUAUACCUGGAUUCCUAUUCCUAUAUAUAAGUAAACAACCGGAAGAAAUUAUAUUGCUGUAACCUUAUAAGGCUUAUUUAUACCAGAAAUCAUUCUGGUGUGAAUGAUGUGUUCAGUGCAGGAAUUUUUUUACCUGUCAGCAAUGUUUUGCAAUACAAUACCUGGCCAGGAUUGGUCAUCCACGGACGAGACACGUGCAAUUAGGUACCGACUUACGUUACUGAUAUGUCACCGUGAAACACAGCAAUGUUGCACAAAAAGGUGGAGUAAUGAACGUUAUCGAACGCACAUACGGAACACUAACUGUUUUAAGAGUAAAUCCAGUUAAGAAAAGGACAAAUUUGUUGGCAUUUGAUGUAUGCAUAUGCACAUCAUUAUACCAUGAUUCCUAUUCCUAUAAGUAAACAACCGGAAGAAAUUAUACGUGUAUAUAUUUAUACCAGAAGGAUGUGGAACUCUGUAUACAAUACAGGAAUUUUGUUACCAGUCAGUACUGUUUUGAAAGGACAGUACAUACGUUGUGGAAACUUCUGAAAUGACUACACUAUUCUCAAGUUGUAAACUUCAAUCAUUCUAGCAAUGCAAACAGCGUAGAAAAUGGGUUUACAACCUUUGUGGUUAGCAACACUUGGACAAUUCAAACUUUGAUAUCCUGCUUUAUGCAACGAUAGAUUUUGACAUUGGGAAAACUUUUUUUUUACUCUUUGCGUACGAAUCUGCUUCAAAAAGUAUCCAGGACAAGUCGUAAUAUGGAAUCUUUUCGACCUUGACUUUGAAGUGCAACAAUGUUAUCGGAUAUUUAAGUGGCAAUAAAGUAUUUACGAUUACA